AUGUUCCGAGCGGUGGCGACGAGGCGGCUGCAAGGGGCGGCCACGUUGCUUCGAUUUCAGAGCACCCUGGUGAUCGCUGAGCACGCCAACGAUGCCAUAGCACCCAUUACCUUAAACACCAUCACGGCAGCCACACGCCUGGGCGGGGACGUGUCCUGCUUAAUAGCCGGACCCAAAUGUGACAAGGUGGCACAAGACCUCUGCAAAGUAGCUGGUGUAGCCAAAGUCCUGGUGGCUCAGCACGAUGCGUACAAGGGCCUGCUUCCAGAGGAGCUGACACCAUUGGUUUUGGCAACUCAGAAGCAGUUCAAUUACACCCACAUCUGCGCGGGAGCGUCCGCCUUCGGGAAGAACCUUCUGCCCAGAAUAGCAGCCAAACUUGAUGUCGCCCCAAUUUCUGACAUCAUUGCAAUCAAGUCACCUGACACGUUUGUGAGGACUAUUUAUGCAGGAAAUGCUUUAUGUACAGUGAAAUGUGACGAAAAAGUGAAGGUGUUUUCCGUCCGAGGGACAGCUUUUGAAGCUGCAGCAACAAGUGGAGGCAGUGCCAGCUCUGAAAAGGCAUCGAGUACUUCCCCGGUGGGGAUAUCAGAGUGGCUGGACCAGAAAUUAACCAAAAGUGAUCGACCUGAGCUAACUGGCGCCAAAGUGGUGGUAUCUGGUGGUCGGGGUUUGAAGAGCGGAGAGAACUUUAAGUUGUUAUACGAUUUGGCCGAUCAACUCCACGCUGCAGUCGGUGCUUCUCGUGCUGCUGUUGACGCUGGCUUUGUUCCCAACGACAUGCAAGUCGGACAGACAGGAAAAAUAGUAGCACCCGAGCUGUACAUUGCUGUGGGCAUCUCUGGAGCCAUCCAGCACUUAGCGGGGAUGAAAGACAGCAAGACCAUCGUGGCCAUUAACAAAGACCCAGAGGCGCCCAUCUUCCAGGUGGCAGACUACGGCAUAGUCGCAGAUCUCUUCAAGGUAGUUCCUGAAAUGACUGAGCUACUGAAGAAAAAAUGA